AUAGAGUUACUUAAAGAAAUUAAAAUACUACAAUUGUAUUGAACUGUAAUUCAUGAUCAAUUAUUACAAUGUCUGCAACAACUGUGCAUAAAUUUAUCACAUUUAUAGGACUGAUGUCAAUAUUGCAUGCAGCUUAUUCAGCUGCUCAGCAUCGUACCUAUUUACGAAUAACAGAACAAGAAUUUACCACGUUACCAAUUGAUAUUUUAAUACAGGGCAUUGUCAGCUUAUUUAUGGUUAUGUAUGGAGUGAUGUACAUUGCUGGUGACUUCAAAGAAAUUCGAGCAGUGGUUGAUUUGGAAAAUAAAUCUUGGGAAACAUUAAGAAACCUUCCAUCGUUUCAAAUAUUUAAUCAUCGGGGAAGAUCCUUAUCUCCAUAUUAUGCACAAUAAUGCUUGUGUUAGUAAUAUUUAUUUCAAAAGUAACAUAACAGUGUAAAUUUUGUGAAAAAUAAUUUACUUGUAAUGUUGUUGUAGAGAAUCAUGAUUCACACAAUAAGUAAUUUAAAUAUUUAUAAUUGAUUCAAAUUGCAAAAUAGGAAACAAAUAAAAGGAGACACAUUUUCUAUAUUUAAUAGCUUUAAAUCAUGUAUUUAAAAAUAUGUGUAAAUGUACAUAUACUUUCUAAACACAGCAGUGAAGUACAAAUAAACGGAAUAUGAUAA